GAGUUGUUUGUAUGAAUCAACAGGGCCAAUCGGAGUUUUAAAUAGUAUUAUCUCUUGUGACGGUUCCUCCCCGUUAACGACUAUUACUUGUCCUUUCACUCAUCCUCAUCAUCAGUCAUCGCGCCGGGCGCUCUUUCUCUUUAAACCGCCAUCAUGGCGAACGUAGCUACCCGUAAAAAAUCAAUAGCAGCGAAUCCCGGUCUUGUAAUCGAAACUCCAGUCGCUAACAACAAUAUCCUCAACAAGGCAGCUUCUCAAUCGACAUCUCUCUACCAGCAAUGCUCUUCCUUGCGAACUCGUUUAAUGCGCAUCCCUGGCUUUUCAAACUUCUUUAUACUGUCAUCACAGUCGGGCUCUCUUCGUCAAUCCACCGAUCCUGUCACACAACUAUGGGACUGCUUCUCACUAGGAAUAUCACUUUGUUUCCUUUACGAGCUUCUUCCUGGCAGAACAACUCCACCUACAGUCAAGACAGAUCCUUCUGUAUUCGACGUCAGUAAUGAACGCGCAAAGAAACACGCCAUUGCAGUCUUCGUCAUGAAUAUCAAGAAUUUGGACAAUUGCGAACAGUUCACAGUGACAGAUUUAUGGGAGAGACACUCUACAGAUGGGCUAGUAAAGGUCGUCAGCACCGUGACCACCAUUGUUAACAUGUUGCCGUCCGCAUUAUUCGAUGCAGCCCCUUUGUCACCACCAUUGAUGUCCACGCAUGAUUCAAUUGACUCGUUAGUGGGUGAUGUGCAAAACACGCCCGUUCCCUCCUGCCCACAAGAUGUCGCUCGGAAUAAUAUUAUCAGGGAAUUGGUGGAGACCGAACGGAAAUACGUCCAAGACUUGGAGGUCAUGCAGAGAUAUGCUACGGCAUUGUCCCAAAGCAAUACAAUUGACCAGGAUACCAUCCACUACCUUUUCCCAGGACUGAACAAGCUGUUGAACUUCCAAAGGAAGUUCCUUAUUCGAUUGGAGAGCACUGCAGAGAUGGCGUGGCGGGAUCAGCGCUGGGGACUUCUCUUUCUGGAAAAUGAAGAGGACUUUGCAGUAUACGAACCCUACUGCGCAAACUAUACCAAUGCAGUAGAUCUCAUGGUGGCGGAGGAGCAGAAUCUUUCGGUCCAUAAUAAUUUGAUCAACGCCAAAUCGGAACUGCCCGCCUUUCUGAUCAAACCAGUCCAGCGAAUUUGCAAAUACCCACUGCUCCUUGAUUCGCUUAUUAAGGCUACAUCUGCCAGCGAUUACCCCCAUUUCGAGGAACUGCAAGCUGGAUCCGCAGCUGCUAAGCGCAUUACCGAUAAGAUUAAUGAGGCACAAAGACGAGCCGAAAAUGUUCAGACGGUCAAAAAUCUGGAAGGCCGCGUACAAGAUUGGAAAGGUCAUCAUUUGUCCAAUUUUGGCACUCUCCUCCUGGAUGAUAUUUUCACCGUCACCAAGUCUGACGUCGAUCGGGAAUACCACGUAUUUCUCUUCGAGAAGAUCAUACUUUGUUGUAAGGAGGCAGCACCUCCCCCUCAAAAUAGCAAGCGCGGUGGAAAGAAUAAUUCUAUUCUUAAAAAGCAGAAUGGCUUACAUGCACCUACUCCACCUCCCAUGACCUCACCAAACAAGCGAAAGGACACUCCUCUCCUGUUGAAAGGUCGUAUUUUCUUGAACAACGUCACCCAAGCUAUUCCUAGCUCGAACCGGAAUUCAGUUGUCAACCCCCAUUCCCUGGCUGUGUGGUGGCGAGGUGAUGAUGACCUCGAGUUCUUCACUCUUCGUUGCCGAUCCGAAGAGCAGCUACGACAGUGGGAGGCUCAGAUUAAUCGUCUCAUCAGGGAAGUUGCCAGUCGAAGGGCGUCGGAACGAAAUUUCUCCCAGCUCAUGGCUCAACACAGCAGUCAUGCCUCCGUUCCUGCUGUGCAUAUGGCACGUUCACCGUCAUAUGCCCAUGACCGUGGUUCCUCGUUGAUGUCACAUGCCCACCCCCUACAUAGCCUUCCACCCCACCCAGCCAGCAGUCGUCAUCGUGUCAAUGCAUACAGCACUAGUGAUGAUGUCUCGGUGGCUGGAUCUUAUUCUAAUGGUAGCCAACUUGGUUACUCGUCCACAGAGGGUUUCGAGUUCGAUGUAGAUGACGAGUUUGAGGAUUACCCUGCUGCAAGCCUACCGUCGUCCGGUCGUGGCACACCCAUGGGUAUGCAUCGAAUGCAGAGCAUGCCUAUCGAGCCACGCGAGUCUGCUAUUGUCGACGAUCGCCCCCGAGCCAGGACGGAAGACAUCAACGGUCACGUCAUGUCGCAAUGGCGGUCGACCAAUGGCGUUUUGCCUCCGCCACCUGGAGCCAAUUCCCCCAUUCUCCAUUCCCAUCGCCCCAUGGCGAACAGGGUCCAUUCUACUGCGAGCUUUGGAACUGACCGUCCGCCUCGGAUGCCUUUGCAAGGCCAAAUCAGCUCUUCGAAGCUGAAGGCCUUGUACGAUAGUGGUGGUUCCCGUAGUGUUACGACAUCACCAGCUAUGAAUGGCAGUACUGCACCUCCGUUGAACAGAUCGCGGAGUGCUAGUCAGCCUAGCGCAUACGUACCACAAGUGCCUGUGCCUCCUCCUGUUCCCAGUAACGCAAAGUGGGCUCAUCGUUCAGAGGAUUCCGCUACUUCGAGUAGUAAACGGGGUAGUGGAUCGAGUCAGUCGACGGGUGGGGGUUCGUCAGAAGAGUCACCACAUAGCUCUUCGCCGAUCACUCCAUUCGGAUCUAGCGAAUCAUCUCUUGGUGGCUCAGCUCUCCGAUCUCCUCGGUCACAGACAUUUGAGAGUUUGAUAUCUAACGGCACCCACCUCGCUUUUUCACCUCCAGUCAAGGUGAAAGUCCACUUUAACGAGGACAUAUUCGUCAUCCAGGUUCCGCGAAGCACAGAAUAUUACGACCUUGUCGACAAAGUCGGCAAGAAAAUACGUCUUUGUGGGCCGCGCCGCGACGAUACCCCUUUGCGAGUAAGAUAUCGGGAUGAGGACGGGGAUAUGGUGUCUCUAGGCUCCACCGAAGAUGUCCAAAUGGCUUUCGAAUCGUUCCGACCGGGCGGGCAGGUCACACUCUACGUGACAUGAUUCUAUCCUUAUCAUAUCGCAUCGCUAUCUUGUCUUCCACUCUUCGACCUUCGCAUACAUAAUUUGCUGUUUCCCAGUGGACUCGCACUUCUCUGUUUGUACAUAAUAUAUGUAUCACUGGCAUGUUCACACCACAUUCGUUCUAUAUGGUUUUCUCUAUCGCUUUCUGACCUCCUUGAUUCAGGUGCUCAUCAGGCUCGAGGCCAUCCUAUGUGGUUCGCAUUUCUUUGAUAAUCUACAUGGCUCUCUUCCUUCCUUGGUAGUACUUUGAAUCCUUGGCAUCCGUAUCAUCUAAAAGUGGAGCACUAGUCACGUGUAAUUUUUAUUAGAAUACUGCACUCAUUGCUACGUUUCAAAUACAUCAUGUCGUCUGUACAGAGCUGUACGGGUGUCCUUUGCAUCUUACAUUGAU